AUGACAAUUGACAAAGUCAGUAUACCCAAAGGCUCCAUCAAAUCAAUAGCCAUAAUUGGAGGUGGUGCUUCAGGUGCAGUGAUCCUUGAUUCCUUAAUCAAACAACAAUCAUUUGAUGAAAUAGUCGUCUUUGAGAAAAAAAAUAAACUUGGUGGGAUCUGGGUCGUGGAUGAACACAAGACAAAACUUGAUAUUAGACCUGGUUCCAAGACAAGUGAAUUAGAUCCAAGUAUUGAACCACCUUUAGGAUUACGAAAAGGUCAAGAAAUCACCAUACCUGAUAAUGAUGAGUCAACCAACCCAAUUCAUUCAUUCACCCCAUCAUAUAGAGGGAUGAGAACAAAGACAACUGAAUGUGUCAUGACAUUCUCUGAUGCUAAAAAAUGGCCAAAGUUGGAUAAACCAGGUUUUGAUAAUUUUACUAAAGGAAUUUAUGUUCAACAAUAUCUUGAAGAUUAUUUUAAUAGACAUCCAAAUAAUAUUGUUUUAAACACUAGUGUUGAAAAAAUUGUUCCUAAUGAUGGGAAAUAUCAAUUAUAUUUACAAAAAAAGAAUAGUGAUGGUACAGUUACUUGGAGUAUUAAAGAAUUUGACACUUAUAUUGUUGCAACGGGUGCUUAUCACGUUCCUUAUAUUCCAGAUGUACCAGGGCUUGAUGAAAUUUACUCAAGGUUCCCUGAAAAGUUGGAACAUUCCAAAUCAUUUGGUAAUACUGAACAAGAUUUAUUAAAAUAUGAAAACAAAAAUGUUGUAAUAAUUGGUGGAAGACCUUCAGCUUCAGAUAUUGCUAGAUUUAUUGAAAAAAGGGCAAAUUCAAUCAUUAGUUCUGUUCGAUCUCCUCAACGAACAUUUCUAUGGGAAACUGAGAAAAUCAAAAUUAAACCAAUAAUCAAAGAAUAUAAAGUUUAUAAAGAUGGAUUUGAUGUGAUCUUCCAAGAUGGCUCCAUUGUUAAGAAUCCUGAUAAUUUAAUAUAUUGCACUGGUUAUCAGAAUUCAUAUCCAUUCUUGAACGAUGCAUCAAUAACUACUGGUUGGAUUGUUCCUAAUCUUUAUCAACAUAUUUUUUCAAUUAAAGAUCCAAAAAUUACAUUCUUGGGCUUACCGUUGGAUGGAUUAAACUUUAGAUGUAUUGAAUAUCAAUCAAUUUUGAUUUCAAGAUAUUUAGCAGGCUUAGUGGAAUUGCCAUCAAGAGAACAACAAUUACAAUGGUGUAAUGAAAGAUUUGCAAAAUUUGGUGACUCAAGAUUAUACCACACUAUUGGUAUGAAAGAAGCAAUUCCAUUUUCCAAAACAUUAACAGAAAUUGGUGGUGGUGUGCAAAAUGGACCUGGAAAAUUGUUCCCAAUCUUGACAGAACAAGAUACAGAAGAAAAUGAAAAAGAUAAAUUGAUUUUCAAAUUAGAUCAUUAUUUGUUUGAUAAUUAA